GAGUGAAAGCCUAAUGUGGGGCUGGAAAAUGACAUAUGAAGCUUCUCUGUUCAUACUUAACGAUUGACUUGGGGUCAACUCAUAGCUGGCCUUGACUUUCAUUACCUCAAUGAAUUACAGGGCAAUUAUCUUAAUUCUAUAUUCACACUCCUUAAACAUAUUGAUAAUUUUUCACAGAAGUUUAAGGAGCCACCCUCAAGUGUACUAGAGAAAUUAAAGUGACAUACUUGCCAUGGAAAUUGUUGGUGCAGUGGUAAGCAUGAUGCAGUGUUUUUGUGGAGAGACCUGUUCUCAUCAAUCCAUUUCCAAAACAUGUGCAUAUCUGAGAAAGCCUCAUGCAUUAGCAAAUAGACUUGAUGAAAAGAUGGAAUUGCUCAAAGCUCGAGAAGAGGAUAUUAAAAGGAAGUUACAUGUGGAAAAUUUAUGGCGCGGAAUGGAGCCAAAGGCUGAGGUGCAUAUGUGGCUUACCAAUGUAGAAAAGAUUAGAAGUGGUAUUGCUAGCAUUCAAGAUAAAAUUACUAAAGACGAGGGGUGUUUAAACGGAUGUUUGCCAAAUUAUGUGUCUCGAUUUAAGCAGGGGAAAUGCAUUAAUAAGAAAAUUAAAGAGGUCGACAGGCUCCUGGGCCAGAGCAUAUUUCCAGAUGCUUCAUUGGUCGAUAUGAUGCCUCAAAGGGGGAAAAUAUUGCCAACAACCUCACUUGUGGGAAAAACUGCUCAAAGAAGUUUGGAAGUAGUGUGGAAGUAUUUGAAUGAUGGACACACGGGGAUAAUUGGUAUUUAUGGAAUGGGGGGAGUGGGCAAGACAUCCAUCCUCUUAGCAAUUAAUAAUCAACUUUUGAGGGAGAGCACAGUUUUUGAUAAUGUCAUUUGGGUCACGGCAUCCAACGAUUCAAAUGUCCAAAAAUUGCAAAAGGAUAUUGCUAGAGCAGUAGGUUUAUCUUUUGACAAUGAAGAUGACGAAAUGACAAGAGCAGCUCAAUUACACGAAGCCUUGCUGCGAAGAAGUAGAUUUCUUUUAAUUAUAGAUGACUUGUGGGAAGCAUUUCCUUUGGAGGUUAUAGGAAUCCCAUCUCCAGGUUACGGACAUGAAUGCAAGUUGAUAAUAACUACUAGAUCCAUGAUGGUUUGUCGUGGCAUGGAAACAACGAGAGAGGUCGAAGUUAGUGUGCUUUCUGAGGAAGAAGCGUGGGACCUCUUUAAACAAAAGGUCGGUGACGAGGUGCUAGCAUCUCCGAGAUUAAAAGUUGUUGCCAAGGAUGUUUCGAAGGAGUGUGGAGGUCUCCCACUAGCUAUUGUAACAGUUGGUCGGGCUUUAAGAAGAGAAAAUGAUCUGAGGCAAUGGAUAAUUGCAUUAAGCCAGCUGAAAAGUGCAACGGGAAGAAUAGAAGGAAUGGAGAAUCGAGUCUUUGCACGUCUGAGAUUUAGCUAUGAAAGACUGAAAGACAAUGUGACUAAGUCAUGUUUCCUUUAUUGUGCGUUGUAUCCAGAGGAUCAUCAUAUAGAGACUGAAGAACUGAUAAAAUACUGGAUAUGGGAAGGCCUGUUGGAUUAUCUUGGGUAUGGAGAAUCCAAGAUGCUGCAGGGGAAGAUGAUACUAGAUGAACUAAAAAAUGCGUGCCUGCUAGAGAUCGGAUGUCAAGAAGGUAGUUUGAAUGAAUAUGUCAAGAUGCAUGACCUCAUUAGGGAUAUGGCGAUAGCAGUUACAAGAGUGAGUCCGCUGUUUAUGAUCCGAGCAGGACAUGAGAUUCGUGUCCCACCAGUUGAGAGUGAAUGGCUCGAAGGCCUUGAAAGAAUCUCAUUAAUGAGAAAUGAUUUGUGCUCUUUGAAUUUUGAACCGAGAUGUCCACAGCUAACUACCUUGUUGUUGCAGUAUAAUUCAUUGUCCAAGGGCAUACUUCCUUCUUUCUUUAACCAUCUACAAAAUCUCAAAGUUCUGGACUUAUCUUACACAGGCAUCGAUCUGUUGCCUGAUUCACUUUCUAAUCUGGAAAACCUCCGUGCUUUGCUUCUACGUAGUUGUUGGAACUUGCGUGAAGUGCCAACAAUGGAAAGGCUCAAGGAGCUGAGGUUUUUGGAUCUCUCUUCCACAUCAAUUGUGUGCCCACAGGGGAUGGAAAUGUUACUCAAUUUGAAGCAUCUGGAUCUCUCCAACGCUAAAGUUUAUGGAUUUGAUAGUCAAAUUCUAGGAACAUACAGAUUUCUGGAGAAUCUCUUAAUGCUCGGUUUGGAUUUUGUUGAUGUUGUGGAACACUGUACCAACUUGACAAACCUCGAAGCCAAUUUCAGCAACUUGCAGGACUUCAAUUAUUAUGUUUUGUCAGGUCACUGGAAGACACUCGAGAGUUUCAAAUUUUGCAUAGGCUAUCCCCAAUCCUCUAAACUACCCGGAAAAAAUAGUGUAGGAUUCUUUGGGAUUCACAUUGUUGAAAGGGAAUCCCCUUCUUGGUUGCCCGGGAUACUUGAGUUGGACAUUCAUGAAUGUUCUGGCAUCACUCAGUUACCAAUGUUUAUCAUGAAUGCCUCUUCCAAUCUAAAACGCUGCAAGAUAAAGUACUGUGAUGAGAUGGAAUGGAUUAUAACUCCCGAGUGGGUCGCCUUUCCCAAUUUAGAGUUGCUAGAGAUCGAGGGUCUGAGCGGAUUGCAAAAUAUGUGUAAGGGGAUUCCGCCAGCGGGCACUCUUACAAACCUUAAGGUGUUGAAUGUUAUUGCUUGUAAUAGUCUCAUGACUCUGUUGCCACUUGAGUUAGUGCAGCAACUCAAAAACCUUGAAGAGCUCGAGUUGGAAAGCUGUUCGAUGCUGGAGGAGAUAGUUACUGAAGCAGAAAAUGAAGAGGUCAUUCAAGAGAACAACGGUGAAUUGGUCCUCCCAUGUUUGCGAAAAUUAAGAUUAGUUUCUAUACCAAGACUGAGAAGCAUAUGCAGAGGUCCAAUGGUUUGCGAUUCCUUAAUGACGAUCGAAGUCAUAGAUUGCCCGCUGCUGGGAAGACUUCCCUUCUUUCUGGAAAUAAGGCAGCAACUAGUUGACUCUCUUAAACAGAUAAAAGGAAGCAGAAGGUGGUGGUGGACAUUGGAGCGGAACCACCCUACUGCGACGUCCCUCCUUGCUCCACUAGUUAGACCUGAAAGGGAGCAGCAUUGUUCUGCUUCUAAUGAAGAUAUUAUAGUUGAAAUUAACAAUAUAUGUAGCAGUGGUGGCAGCUCUGGAAAUUCUUCUUUCGGACCACGAUAACAUUCUUACUGUAAGUAACAAGCUUGCAGUUUCUGAGGGAUUUUAAAUUGUUCCUUAAUCAACACGGACUUAAAAUCCCAUCUUUUGAAUUUUUUGGAUCAUAUUUUUUCAUCAACACAAAAGAGAACAGAUAUAGAGCAUUGAUUGAGUAGGAAAAAUAUCUGAAAAUUGCGUUAUGCAUAAUGACUAUUUCUGGCAGGAAUCCCGAAAACCCAAAAACUGGAUUUUAAUAGAAAGACUUAUGCCUUAUCUUGAUUACAGUUUUAUGGACCGGACUUAUUUCCCUGCUACAGUAUGAUGGUCUCAAGUUUGGGUCUUUGGCAAAACUUGACUUCGUUCCUUCUCACAGUAAUGCAUUUUCUCUUUUAUCUUAUAGAGCAGUACUAAUCUUAUAUUAUAUUGAAUUCUACUGUCUUUGUUUAACAGUUUACUAUUGAGAUGACGUAGUUGUUCUUUGUGUCUUCCUCAUCUGUCUUGUUUAACUGGCUUAAACUAUGGAUUCUCAUGUUGGAGUCAACUAUUUUUUCAACUAGUCCGUGAAAGUAUUAGCAAGGAUUCUUGCUGGGGAAUGCUAAAUGGAACUGUCCUAUAACCGCAUUUAUGAAAUCACUAUAGAAGUUCGGCAUACUAAUAAACAAGUAAAGAGAGAUGUGAAGUGAUGUCUCAAACAUUAGAAAAGCUUUCCAUGAAAACGGGAUUAUCGUGCUAAUGAAGCUCCAAUGUAUGAACAUCCUGCAAUUCUCUUUUGUAUCCCAUUCAAAUAGCAUUUGGUAUGAAAAUGAGGAGGGUCCUAGUUGAGUUUUUAACUUUUUUCUAUUAACUGACACAGAAACCAAGAUUUAUUAGCUGUAAGUCUAGUUUUUAAUGAUGAAUUGGUCUAAAUUAGCAGAGUCUAUUUUCAUUUAUCUUCCAAUAAUCAUUUCAGGAGAAGAUCAGUAAGAGUACCCUUUCUCCAAGUCCAGACCUUCUUCGGAUGCCAGUGUCUCAAUGUGGUUCGGGACACAAUCAGCUCCAAUUUAGUUUGGCUCCAGUCGAAUGCAGCUAAGAGAUCCAUGGAUAUGAUUGUAAUGUUGUACGUAGUUAACAAUGGACGAGUUCCAAUCAUCGCUAUACCUCUGGCUUGAGUCACCACUUCUGGACCUUCAUCCGGUUUCAUUGUAAUUUGCUCUGGUUGAGCCCAUUCUGCCCACUGGAUGCCCUUGAAGUUAGGGCGGCAAUAGCCCAGCUCCCGCCUGAUGGUGUCCAGAGCUUUCCUUGUCGUGUGAGUAGCAGCAUAUUGAUAAAAUGCAAGCCAGCAGCUUCAUCAAGUGAAAGCCUUGUAGUGGAUGAAUGGCAAUGUCAUGCACAACAUUGAGGUGAGGGUGAGCACCCGAGUGCUGCUCAACGUUUAUGUCUCCAUUGGUAGCACCACACAUGUCUAGCACAGUUUGAUGCAAAGAGCUGUAAAUGGGGCAGCUACAAGAGUGUAGGUAAAUCUAUUGGAAUCGUGAUCUUGAGAUAUGUUCGCGAGGAUAGUUUCUGCAUUGAUUUUAGCAGCGCAUUCAAUGGAUUCCAGAGCUUGUUUGUGUGAUUCAGAUAUAAAUAGAACUUGCGACAUAACAACUUUGUAUUGGUUGUAUUACAAUUUUCUUCUUGACCUUGCACAUUAGCAAGACAGAGAUUCAACAUCAAUUCAAGGUGAUGUUGAGCUUUAUACAUCUUGCAGACACACUUUUUUACAUGCAGAUAUAUGUAAACAUCUUACUAUACGUACUCAAAUAGAGAAAAAUGAGAAAACUGAUUCCUUAA